AUGUUGCGGUUUGCUAUUACCCCCAUCGCCUGGACGCUUGUUACGAGCGUCGGGGGGAUUGAAUGGCAGAAUGAGGUGAAUGUAUCGAUGUGCAAUUGGGCUCAAUUUCGAGCGAAUGUGAUCCGGGAUACGAUUUAUUUGGACGGCGGAGAAUUGUGGUGGCAGGUCGGCCUCUCCGACGGAAGUAACGCCAGCCCUCAAAACGACGGAGGCAUCGAUGGCGUUGUGUAUGAAUUCAACCUGGGCCAGCCCUUCAACCACUCGACCAAUGUCACGAGCUUGUUCAAGACCCUGUCCAAGACUGGCGGCCUUGCCACCAACAAUAUUGCUCCUAAUUAUGUUGACGGUGCAAUGUUUGCAAACGACAACGAGUUGAUCACCUUUGGCGGCCUCAUCGAUGCGACCAAUAGUUCAAACGCACCUGCGGGGGACACUAUCCUAGGGUACGAAGCAUAUCAAUAUGGUCCAGCCCGUCAAUCAUGGUCGCCUGGUUUUAUCAACAAACAAUUACCGACAAACAUUACUCGCUAUGUCUCGAACGGCGCCAGUGUCUCGGCUCCCAGUGAGAAUAUGGGAUACUAUUUCAGUGGGAUGCGAGGAACAGACUGGGGUCCAAUAUUGAACGACGCUGAAUCUGCAAACACUCCGUCAAAUCAUUUGAUUUCGGUGAAUAUGUCAGUAAUGAGACAAGAAACAUGGGCGAAUGACACGCUGCCGUCUUUCAUUCCUGCACGGGCAAAUGCAGAGAUUGCCUGGAUACCAGCAGGCGAAAACGGAGUGCUCGUUGCAAUUGGAGGAGUCAUAGAUCCGGUCUCACUGACUGCAGCCCAAGAGAUUAAUUCAUCACAGACUAAUGACAGCACUACAACUAGUCCAACGUUCAUGGAGAUAGUUUCGGUAUAUGACAUUGCCAACAAGAAAUGGUAUCAGCAAAACACGACAGGGGAUACCCCGCCCCAGUUGACUAUGUUCUGUUCCGUGGUUGCCCCAGCAAGAGACGAUUCAUCCUUCAAUAUAUACAUCUAUGGAGGAUAUGAUGGAAUUAACCAGAGCAGCAUACCGUCAGAUGAUGUGUACAUUUUGUCAGUACCACAGAUGGUAUGGACUCACGCUUAUACCGGACAGAGCAAUCAUGGUAGAAGUGGACAUAAAUGCUUCAUGGUGUAUCCGGAUCAAAUGAUGAUCCUAGGCGGAAUCUAUGCCAACAAUCCGAUUAUUUGUCUUCAAGCUGGAAUUGUAGAAGUGUUCAACUUGAACAAUUUGAAAUUCCAGGACUCAUAUGAUCCCCGAGUAUGGAGUGAAUAUAGGGUACCGGAUGCCGUCACAGCGAAAAUAGGCGGGAAUGGCAAUGGAAGUGCUACAGCCCAGGCACCAGCAACCUUGAGCGAUGUCUUUGCAACUGUGUACACAAAAACGAUCACAACAUAUUAUCCCUAUGCAUUGCAAUCCACGAACUCGACCAAUACAUCUAGUCCGUCACCCGGACCAACAGCCAUCACUAUCACCGGUGGUGGUGGUGGCCUUCCCACUUGGGUAGGGCCUGUAUUAGGUGUUGUACUCGGAUUGAUAGUUGUAGCAGCAGCUAUAAUUCUCUUCUUGAUUUGGCGAAGACGAAAGUCCGGGAGAAGUACAGGGGUAAGCGAGACACAAGCCAGUACAACUGGAAUCAGAGGAUUUGUGCUGCGAUGGUUGUACGGUACAGCAGCACAAGAUGGCAAAAGCCAACCAGAUCUGGUCGUUGCGGAUAUUGAUGGAGCCACUGUUGUGUCCUCGAAAACCCACGAGCGACACGUCUCGGAGGCAGGAAGUGUCGCAUUGCAUGAAAUUGACAAUAUUUCCACCCCUAUCUAUGAGAUGGGUCCCAAUGACCAAGGACUUCAAUGGCAUGAAACUCAUUGGUCUCAAGCUCAGCAAUCCCCACCACUUGUAUCUCCGAAUAUCGACGAAAUGAUGUACAGCAGUCACUCUCCUGUGAGACCAACUCGCCAAAACACACGACACACUAGUAAUAUGAGUACCGGAUAUCGAAGUGAUAUCUCGGAAAUCGGGUCAUCAGAUCCCGGACUGCCUACCCAUAAUAGGCAAUUGUCAGACAAUUCGGUCUCGGAUGCAGCAUCAGUGCGUGGUCCUCAGGACGGAAGCAACAUAGAAACGUCGAACAGAGAACAUACGUCUACAGCUCUCUCUGUAAUGAGUGGUCGGAUAACUACGGUACGAGAAGUUGAGGAGCACAACGCUACUGAGACUGCAGUCGGCCCAUUAGAUGAAGAGCUUGACGGGUUACAACAACAGAGCAAUCAUUUGACAGAGCUAGAGUAG